AUAUUUCACUUUCAAUUCUGUGUAUGUUUUACCAAUAUUUCAGCGCAAUUUGAUUCAGUCAGUAAAAAUAUAUAGUGUGUUCUUAUUUUGAAAGUACCUACGCAGGUUUCUUUAUGUAUUUCGUGUAACUUGACCCUGGUCUCUCUUUGUCGCUCUCGCUCUCCUCCCUGUUGCUAUGGAAACAGGGCCGGUCCAGGUGGAGCCACUGGCUGGCGUCUUCUCGAUCACGUGGGGGUCUGUAGAUGGGGAGCAGAGGAGAAAGUGGUGACUUUACACGCACAUUAACGGCGACUUGAUGAAAACAGCCCACCCUGUUGUGAUUUCUUUUCGAUCAGCGAUUUAAGGAAACUGACGGCGGCGUGUUUUUCUCACCUGGACCACGGGGCCGAGGCGGUUCAAAGGACCUUUCAACGACAUUCAACGCAGUUGAACUCGCAAUGGAAACGACUCUUUAGGAGACGAUGUAGUUUGUGGACGUUCUCUGGGGGAAAAUCUAUCUCGACUCUUCACGGUGACGGUUCUCAGUAUUUUCAGUGUCGUAGUCUUUUGUGUUAAACUGACUUCGGCUUUUGGCAGAAGGCGCAUCCUGUAGCAUGGACUUGUAGCUUUGACGCCAGUAUAAAUUGCUCUCCCUGAGGACCGGGGCAGCCAGCCAUGAAAAAUGAUGCAUCAUGGAAUCUGAUCAUCUAAACUUUGAGCAACAAUUUCAUGUCGGGGAGAGUGACAGCAUGGGAGGCAGCAGAGCCGAGGAGAUAACAGACUGACGUUGAUGAAAAAGAGCAUCCCUCUCCGUGUUUUGUUGUGAAUGUUUGACUCCUCUGUUCGUGGACGAUACACGCACCCAAAAGAUCUGGAGGACGGAACGAUAGUGUAUGUUGUGAUGCUUCUUUUCCAUUUCUUUUCUGGCGUCAGUUUUGGUUUAUCCUGCAAGAUCCGUGCUAUCCCAGAAUGGCUCGCUUUGAAGACGAACUGUCCAGCCGCUAUGGAGGCAGCUGUCCCACGGGCCCGGUCAGAGGGGCCAGUCGGCAGCCAGGGCCUCCGGGGGGCCAGAGGAUGUACAAGCAGACGAUGGCCCAGAGAGCCAGGACCAUGGCUAUUUACAACCCCAUUCCAGUCAAACAGAACUGCCUCACCGUUAACCGCUCUCUGUUCAUAUUCAGUGAGGAUAACAUCAUACGGAAAUAUGCCAAAAAGAUCACCGAAUGGCCUCCAUUUGAGUACAUGAUCCUGGCCACCAUUAUAGCAAACUGCAUUGUGCUGGCUUUGGAGCAACACCUACCAGCCUUAGACAAAACACCGAUGUCAGAGCGUUUGGAUGACACAGAGCCCUACUUUAUUGGAAUAUUUUGUUUUGAGGCUGGCAUCAAGAUCAUCGCCCUGGGCUUUGCCUUUCACAAAGGCUCUUACCUACGUAAUGGCUGGAAUGUAAUGGACUUUGUGGUGGUCUUAACAGGGAUCCUGGCCACCGUGGGGGCUGAUUUUGAUCUGAGAACACUGAGGGCAGUGAGAGUACUGCGGCCGCUCAAACUGGUCUCUGGCAUUCCAAGUCUUCAGGUGGUAUUAAAGUCCAUUAUGAAAGCCAUGGUACCUCUGCUGCAGAUCGGCCUGCUGCUCUUCUUUGCUAUCCUCAUGUUUGCCAUCAUUGGCCUUGACUUCUACAUGGGCAAGUUCCAUCGCACCUGCUUCAGGAAAGACACAGGCGAGCAGGCAGCAGAGUUCCCCUGUGGCCUGGAGGCUCCGGCAAGGACCUGUGCGAACGGUACCACCUGUAGGGAGUACUGGAUUGGACCCAACUUUGGCAUCACCAACUUUGACAAUAUCCUCUUUGCUGUUCUCACCGUUUUCCAGUGCAUCACCAUGGAGGGAUGGGUGGACAUCCUGUACAAUGCCAACGAUGCCUCAGGGAACACAUGGAACUGGCUGUACUUCAUCCCCCUCAUCAUCAUCGGUUCCUUCUUCAUGCUCAACCUGGUGCUAGGCGUGCUGUCAGGGGAGUUUGCCAAGGAAAGAGAACGGGUGGAGAAGAGGCAAGAAUUUCUGAAGCUCCGCAGACAACAGCAAAUAGAAAGAGAAUUAACUGGAUACCUGGAGUGGAUUUGCAAAGCAGAGGAGGUGAUGCUGGCUGAGGAAGACAAGAAUGCAGAGGUGAAAUCUGUGGAUGGAGCUUGGUACAAAAGAAAACACAAUAACUCUGUGCUCAAAAGGACAAAGAAGAGUAAGAAUGAACUCAUCAAUGCAGAGGAAGGCGAGGACCACUUUACUGAUAUCUCAUCUGUUGGGUCACCAUUUGCUCGUGCCAGCGUGAAGAGCAAAAACGAGAGCUCGUCUUACUUCAAGAGAAAAGAGAAGAGGAUUCGCUUCACCAUCCGUCGUCUGGUCAAGUCACAGAGCUUCUACUGGACUGUGUUGUGUCUAGUUGGCCUCAACACAUUGUGUGUAGCCAUAGUACACUAUGACCAGCCUGAGGGGCUCACCAAUGCCCUAUACCUGGCCGAGUUUGUAUUCCUGGGCCUGUUUCUGGUAGAGAUGUCCAUGAAAAUGUAUGGCCUUGGACCCCAGAACUAUUUCCACUCCUCAUUCAACUGUUUUGACUUUGGGGUGAUUAUUGGCAGUAUUUUUGAGGUGAUCUGGGCUGCCAUAAAACCUGGAGCCUCAUUUGGAAUUAGUGUCCUUCGAGCUCUGAGAUUGCUCAGGAUCUUCAAAGUUACCAAGUACUGGAAUUCUUUGAGGAACCUGGUGGUGUCCCUGCUCAACUCCAUGAAGUCUAUCAUCAGCCUGUUAUUUCUUCUGUUCCUCUUCAUUGUGGUUUUCGCUCUGCUGGGCAUGCAGCUUUUUGGUGGCCAGUUUAAUUUUGAAGAUGAAACGCCAACAACAAACUUUGACACAUUCCCCGCAGCAAUUCUCACAGUCUUCCAGAUCCUAACUGGAGAAGACUGGAAUGCAGUCAUGUACCAUGGCAUUGAAUCACAAGGAGGCGUUCAUGGGGGAAUGUUUUCCUCCAUUUAUUUCAUCGUUCUCACUCUCUUUGGAAACUACACACUUCUCAAUGUGUUCUUGGCCAUUGCUGUUGAUAACCUUGCAAAUGCCCAGGAGCUCACUAAGGAUGAAGAGGAGCAAGAGGAGGCCAUCAGUAAGAAACUUGCCCUCCAGAAGGCCAAGGAGGUAAAGGAAGUCAGCCCUCUGUCAGCCGCUAACAUUUCCAUCACAGCUAAGGAGCAGCAGAAGUCAGUGAAGACAAUGUCAGUGUGGGAGCAGAGGGCCAACCAGCUGAGGAGGCAGAACCGGGCAAGCUGUGAGGCCCUGUACAGUGAGCUGGAGCCUGAGGAGCGUGCCCGCCUGUCCUCGGCCCUCCACAUCCGGCCUGACAUGAAGACCCACCAUGACCGGCCACUACUUGUGGAGCCCUGCGACGGGCCUUUGCUGGGCAGCCACCAGCACCACCACCAUAAACCCUGCAUGACAGAGGAUGCUGAAACUGCCACCGACCCCCCUGUGCCUCACCAGCCUCGCCGUCACCACCGCCACAGAGACCGGACCAGAACAAAAGAGGAGACAAAUGAUAACGGUGACACUGGGGGGAGGCACCACGUCCAUCACAGUCGCUCUGAAGACCACAAUGGCAACCGGGGCAAAGAGGGCAAGAGUGAGAGAUCCCACAGCCGAGAGGGAGGGAGUAAGCAUCACCAUCAGAGCUCAGUGGAUGACAGUGGAGGUGGAGGAGUGACAGGUGAGAGAGAGCAUCGCCAUCAUCAUUCACACCGGCAAUCCAGAGGGGGCAACGGGACAGUGAACAGUGGAGGCAGGGGAGAGCGAAGAUCCCGGUACAAAGACGCACGUUCCUCUAACAGGGAUGGGGACAGGAAUUCCAGAGGAGAUAGUGGUGCCAGUGGAGAGAGGAGGAGACAUCAGACUCAUGGAUCCAGGGCCAAAUCCACAGUUGAGGGAGAGGAGUCCAACAAGAGAGAAAAGACCCAUGGUCACAGGGACAGGUGUGGUGAUUCAGAGGGAGAGUCCCUAGCCAUCUCCCACCAGCAAGGCUCUGGGGGGUCCAACUGGCCUCCUGACCAACCAGAGGACUCAGACAACCAGCGAAAUGUCAGACAAAGUGGCCAAACCUCCAUCCAAAUUCCUCCUGUGACUGUCACCUCCCCACCUGGAGAGACCACCCUCAUACAAAUGAACAGUAUUGACUGUGAGACAAUGCCCACGAAUGAGAAGACCCUGGAGGAUCUAAGUCAAAGUGGACCCAAACCCGUCCUGCCUUACAGUUCCAUGUUCAUCUUUGGACAGACCAAUCCGGUGAGACGUUUGUGUCAUUACAUUGUGACUCUGCGUUACUUUGAGAUGUCCAUCCUAGUUGUCAUUGCUAUGAGCAGUAUUGCUUUGGCAGCAGAGGACCCUGUCUGGACAAAUGCCCCCCGUAACAAUGUGCUCAAAUAUCUGGACUAUGCCUUCACUGGUGUUUUCACUUUUGAAAUGGUGAUCAAGAUGGUGGACUUGGGCCUGCUGCUUCAUCCUGGAUCUUACUUCAGAGACCUCUGGAACAUUCUGGACUUCAUAGUGGUCAGUGGGGCGCUGGUGGCUUUUGCAUUUUCGAGCUUCAUGGGAUCGCAACAAGGUGUGACCAGGGGGACCAAAGGCAAAGACAUCAGCACUAUCAAGUCACUGAGGGUUCUCCGAGUACUCAGGCCUCUCAAGACCAUCAAACGUCUGCCAAAACUCAAGGCAGUGUUUGACUGUGUGGUCAACUCUCUGAAGAACGUGCUGAACAUCCUCAUCGUUUACAUCCUCUUCAUGUUCAUCUUUGCGGUCAUUGCAGUUCAGCUCUUCAAAGGAAAAUUCUUCUACUGUACAGAUGAGUCCAAGGGCCUGGAGAAGGACUGCAAGGGACAGUUCUUGGACUAUGACAAAGACGAGGUAGCUGCCAUGCCCAGAGAGUGGAAAAAAUAUGAGUUCCAUUAUGACAAUGUGCUGUGGGCCUUCUUGACCCUCUUCACUGUCUCCACUGGGGAGGGCUGGCCAACUGUACUGAAACACUCUGUGGAUGCCACCUUUGAAGACCAGGGUCCCAGUCCAGGCUACCGGAUAGAAAUGUCCAUAUUCUAUGUAGUCUACUUUGUCGUCUUCCCUUUCUUCUUUGUCAACAUCUUUGUUGCCUUGAUCAUCAUUACCUUCCAGGAGCAGGGAGACAAGGCCUUGUCUGAGUGCAGCUUGGAAAAGAAUGAGCGGGCUUGCAUUGACUUUGCCAUAAACGCCAAACCUCUGACGCGCUACAUGCCCGAGAACACACAGUCCUUCCAGUACAGGAUGUGGAAGUUUGUUGUCUCAGCUCCCUUUGAGUACUCCAUCAUGAUCAUGAUUGCUCUCAACACUGUGGUACUUAUGAUGAAGUUCCAUGGAGCUUCAGACUUAUAUGAAGUGAUGCUGAAGAACCUCAACAUAGUCUUCACCAUUCUCUUCACUCUGGAGUGUAUCCUCAAGAUAAUUGCUUUUGGUCCACUGAACUACCUAAAGGACGCCUGGAACGUGUUUGACUUUGUGACAGUGUUGGGCAGUAUCACUGACAUCUUGGUGACUGAAAUCAAUACUACGGAUAGACUGCUGAAUCUGAGCUUCCUGAGGCUGUUCAGAGCUGCUCGGCUCAUCAAGCUGCUGAGGCAGGGCUACACCAUCCGCAUCCUGCUGUGGACCUUCGUCCAGUCCUUCAAGGCCCUGCCUUAUGUCUGCCUGCUGAUUGCAAUGCUGUUCUUCAUUUAUGCCAUCAUUGGGAUGCAGGUGUUUGGCAACAUUGAACUGAAUGAGGACACAGCUAUCAAUCACCACAACAACUUCCGCACGUUCCUCCAGGCUCUCAUGCUGCUGUUCAGGAGUGCAACUGGUGAGGCCUGGCACGAGAUCAUGUUAUCAUGUUUGAGUCACAGAGACUGUGACGAGCGAUCAGGGUCCCGUGGGAAAGAGUGUGGCAGUGAUUUUGCCUACUUCUACUUUGUCUCCUUUAUCUUCCUCUGUUCCUUCCUGAUGCUGAACUUGUUUGUGGCUGUCAUCAUGGAUAACUUUGAGUACCUAACCAGAGACUCUUCCAUCCUUGGACCUCAUCACCUCGAUGAGUUCAUCCGGGUUUGGGCCGAGUAUGACCCAGCUGCGUGUGGCCGUAUCAAGUACCUCGAUAUGUAUCAGAUGCUGCUCCACAUGUCCCCACCCUUAGGUUUGGGAAAGAAAUGUCCGCCAAGAGUCGCCUACAAGCGUCUUGUCAAAAUGAACAUGCCCAUUGCUGAUGACAACACCGUCCACUUCACUUCCACCCUGAUGGCCCUGAUUCGCACCGCCCUGGAGAUCAAACUGGCCUCAGGUAUGGUAGCCCAGCGAUUAUCUGACGCCGAGUUAAAGAAGGAGUUGUCCACAGUGUGGCCCAGCCUUUCACAAAAGACCAUGGACCUGUUGGUGACACCACAUAAACCCAAUGAACUGACAGUAGGGAAGGUUUAUGCAGCCCUGAUGAUUUUCGACUACUACAAACAGAAUCGAGCAAGGAGGCUGCAGCAGCAGCAACAGAACACAUCAGGCUCCCAGUGCAAGGUCGGGGCUCUGUUUAAGCCAUUGCUGCCUCUGACUCACAUGCAGGAGAAAGACCUGCCUAUGAUGUUAAACAGUGUGGAGCCUCCCAGCAUGCUUCAGCCCCAGCCCAAAUCUCAUGCCAAGUCCCAGCCACAGACCAGACCUAGCUCCAACUCCCUCAACAAUGGAGGCACGCUGCCAUCUCAUGAUCACAACAUCAAGGCAUCAUCCUCCUGGGUGAUGGAGAAACCCAAGGAGGUGCCCCAAGCUAAGACUAAAAGAAGCAUGUCCAGAGGCCCAUCAGAGGACACACCAGACACUGCUAUUAUUCAGGAGUCAGUGGAGCUGAGGAAGAUAGAGACCAGCGCCAGCAGCACAAUCCCAGUCCCUGGUACCGGUCUAGAGAACCAGGGCAGAGCUGCUUCUAUGCCUCGACUAAAUGCUGAGCUGCAGUGGGGCCACUCACGCCACUCUCCAGGGAUCCAUCUAGCUUCUGUCCCUGAUGCCAGCCCUAUGAAGCGCUCAGCCUCCACUGUAGCUCCACAACGACCCCACGUGGUCAACCUGAGGGAAUAUACCCUGGAGAAACCCAGCCAGGAGCGACCCCACCACCAUCACCACCAUCACCGCUGCCACCACCGCAGAGACAGAGAUAAAGACAGAGACAGAGACAGAGAAAAGAGGCAGAGGUCGUUGGAUACACCUCUAGGUGGACAACCUCCAGGCUCUGCUGGAGAACCAGCAUCUGACCCAGCUGCCUCCAGAGAGCGAGCCCAUGACCGCGGGCGCUCCCACGAGAGGAAACACCACCACUCCUCGGCAGAUAAACACCGCUACUACUCCUGUGACCGCUUCUGCAGCCGGGAACACUGCCACACCAAAACUGCCACUACAAGUUGUGCUGCCUCCCCCAGCGAGGGGCAGGAAACCAGCAACAAGCAGGGCAGUGGUUGGGUUAAAGGCAGCCCAGUGGCAAUGAGUUCCAGUUCUAGUACACCAAGCCAUGGACGUCGGCAGCUGCCCCAGACCCCCCUCACCCCACGGCCAGGGGUGGCCUACAAGACUGCCAAUUCCUCCCCCGUGCACUGUGUGUCCAGCCAGGCCUCUCUGAGUCCCGGCCGGCUGAGCCGCGGUCUGUCGGAGCACAACACCCUCUGGCACAGCAGCUCCCACCACUUCCCCUGUCCCGUCACUCGUAUCAGCUCUGAGCCCUUUCUGGGCCGGAGCCAUGGCGAUGCCCUGGGUAGCCCCUACAGCAGCCUCCAGGACCAGCUGGACGUCUUCCAGGAUGUGGCGUCACUGUCGCCCAGCCCCCGUGCCGGAUGCUCAUCUCGGACCGCACUGCCUCGCAUGAUGGGAGCCCUGCUUCCAGCUCCACAGCAGAACCUUGGGGUGCCUAAUGGGUACCACUUCAGCUUCGGGGGCAACACCAGCCCAGGCUCUGGCGUCAGGGCACCCAGGUAUUACAAGGAGGCAGAGGAGGACGAAUGGUGCUAGCAUGGCUUUAAACCAACCUUUUUAAUGCAUUUUUGAGGAACUGUGAUGAGUUUUAUCAUCUUCUUUAUAGGCUUUAGUUUAACUUGUCACGGUGUGUGUUUGAUGUUAUAUUUUAAUCCUAAUUUGGAGAGCUAUGGUUAGGGAGAACAUUGUAACAGGGAGAACACUUGAAGUGAGUUAUAUCUGAAUGUGAACAGGAGCUUGUCAUCUUUAUCAAAGGGCAUAUAGCAUUAUGAAAGAAGAAAAGACAGAAGAGCAGACUUUUUGCCAAUAUCAGAUAUCUUACAGUAGCUAUCCUUGAUUUGCUCUGAUUUCAGUGUUUUGUUGACACUACCAUAUUGACCCUCGAACAGCAUUACAUUAUAAACACAGACUAUACAUUAGAAUGAUAAUAUCUUUGGGUGAACUUUGGAUGGUAUAGAUGGACCAGACCAGAUCUGCCGUGUGUCAUUAAUUAAAGUCUUUUUCCAGGAAACAAUUCAAGAAAGCACAGUGCUGCUGUAUUUCACUGUUACGCUGCAGGUUGAGUUGUUUCAGCACUCAUGCACUGCACAUGCUGAUCUACUCCAAACAGGAUUCUUUGGGAAACCCGUGUAGCUAACUUGAAGCAGCAUUAAUAGUUUCUUCUCUGUCAUUUGGAGGCAGUGCAACAAGCGUUUAACACUAACAUAUCACUUUAUAAAGCUGAUAAGGCUAACAUGUUAGCAAACGGCUACCUAAUUAUACAUCCAUCAGACAUAGAGCAACACGAGCAUUCAUUUGGAUCAUGUUUCUGAUUACCAGAGAAUGUAAGUGACUCUCCUUUCAGCUAUGUUGUGGUCUCCAUCAACUGUGCUAAGAGCUCCACAAUAUUCACCAAUUAUUUGCAAACUCUGUCUGCUGUUUGGUGCUAAGCAGGUGGUGUAACAGAAAGUCCGUCAGAGUCUGUUCCUGCCAGAACCAGAGACUGAAUCAAAAAGUUGUCUGCUGUCAAACCAAAACAAUAAGCUUAAACACUCAUUAGUAUAAGGGCAAUUACAGACUUUUGAUUAUUCCCUUUGUUGUUUGUCACACUCUUCAAAUUACACAUAUACUUUUUUCAUUCCAAGUAUAAAAAUAUUGAUUAGUGAAGCUGUAAUGUUAGUUAGUCUUACUGUUUACAAGUUUUAUAAUCUAUCACUAUCUGUUCUGUUUACCUGAUUACAUGAUAUAAAUUAAAACAUUGCUUGCUGCAGUCUUUCACCAAUACCACAGAGAACCAAACAGCCACAUACACCACAUACACAAUAAUUGAGAGGGCACAUACAAAAGCAGCUUUUUCACAAUAAUGGAAAUACAGCUAAAGACCAGACCAGAUGAGUUGUGUUCUCUUUAUCAGCUGGUUAACAGACAUUUCACCUUCUUCCAUAUUUUUAUUACACACAGCAAAACUGUGUAACAGACCAAUUAAUUUUUAACCUGUAAGUAAACCCAAAAUCCAGUCAUUGAAUCUAACAGUAACUGAAAGCUUGAAAUGUGUUUGAGAGUCAGUAUGGCAGUUUCAACAGAAAAUGAUGUCACUGCUCGUCAUGGAAACUAAAAGCAGGUCAAUAGUUCAUUAAAAUGAAUUAUACUGUUGGAAAACCUCAAAGACAUUAUGACACUGUACAAAUAGCUGUGAUGUUCUUUAGUUUAGGACCAUUCUAUGAUUAUGCCUAGUCCUUUAUGACAUUCCCUUUGUGUCAGACAAACAGACAAAGUGCUGUCACAUAGACAGUCAUGAUUGUUUAUCUGUUAAAUGUUUUUUACAAACUUGAAGAGAGAAGCAACCCAUGGUAGUGAAAACUGACUGAUUUGUUUUCUAUAGAAAAUUCCUUGUAGGUGUUCUCUUUUCUUGGUGUCAUUUUUUGUAUGACAUGAAAAAAACAAAGGUGUGUUUUAUGUGAACUGCUUCCGGUUUGCCAUCAUUUCAGGUCUAAUGUUUCUUACAGACUUCUUUGCGAUGUUUUAAGACAAAGUGCCUAACCUUUUAGAUAUACUGUAGAAAAAAGAUGCAAUGUCAACUGUUUUCUAAUGCAUCCACACUGUUCUAUAUGUAGCUCUGCAGGAAAACAAGUUGUACAGAAAGCCUUAUCUGCAAGGAGACAAAUGAUACCUACAGUACGCUUAAAAGACAGGAAUUGAAAAUUUCUUUUAUGAAUUUUUUUUUCUUGUUUUUGAUAAACAAUAAACCACAUGGUUGGGGGAGCGAAAAUAACAUUGUGCAAACGCUAUGAAAACUGCAUAAAUAUAUCUAUACAGUUACACUAUGCCAGUAACACAUUGUGCAUGUUUAGAUGGUAGACUUGAUCAGCUACCUGCUAUGACCACCUUGUAGUUUCUUUUUUAUAUUCUUUUGGAAAGGAUAUCACAGUGUGAGCCUUACAAGCUCCUGCCUUGUUUGGACUGCUACUGAUUGUGGAGGAUUUAAAGAGUGUGCACGUUCUCAUUUAGGACACAAUUUAGCAAUGGGUGAUGCAGUCUGAUUCUUUAUGGGUAUCUGACUCAAGCCAGGCCCUGUGUGUGUGUGUAUAUGUGGAUUAAAAUUAAAUUGGUAUCAUCAGAUUUUGGAUAUGUUUUGCAUUUCUGGGUCCAGUUUGUUAUUUCCAGAAGUUUUUUUUUCAUACUAUCAUGUAUAACUGGCAAAAAAUUGAUCCUGCAAUGUCAUGCCAAGAUAUUUCCAGCAGUGACUGUAUGAUGGAGCAAUCUAAUUCAUUCAUAUUAAAUAUCAGGGUUUGGUGUCUGAAUGAAAACAUUUAAACAUUUUCUUUUUAAAGAGCUGCCAGUUUGCACCGGUAAAAGAGCGACUAACUGCUCCAUCCACACACAACAGCAUAAUUAACUGUGUCUUAGUACCUUACCACAUAAUAACUAUAAGCAGAAUUUGGCAUUGUCCAAUUUUUGAUGGAAUACAAUUCACAAGGGAGACUUUUAUUUUGUAGAGAAUUAGAGUGAUCUCACAGAAUAACAAAAGUUAUUGCACUAAAUUUGUAUCAUUCCAAAUUCACAGUUUGAUUGACGUCUGUUGAUCUACAUCUUAAAUCAUUUCCUAUUAGUACAAAGAGGUAAAAUAUAUUGAUUUCUUGUAUAUUAUCUGCAAAACAGUAUACUAUUGAAUGCUGGAUUUUGUACGUGGUACCAUUUAUCUAUUUACCAAAAUGUUUACAUCCGCCAACAACUCUUCAGAAUUUGUAAAGACUGAUGGCAUGUAGUUAUGAAAGAAAUGCAACCAAGACAUGACACUUUACAUUGUAAAAUAGGUUGUUUUCUGUUGGUAAAACUAUGUAAUGGUGACGCUUUCUAAUAAUUCUAAUCUAAUAAUAUUGGUCAGUGUGAUUCUAAUUUAUAUUGUGAACUACUGAUAUGUUGUAAGGGAUUGGGACACAGCUAAUAUCUCCACAAACACUUGAAAGCAAGAAGUUGAUGUCUUUUUGUUGGUGCCUGUCAAAAUGCAUUCUGGGAAAUGUAGAAGAGGAGGAGGUGAAGCAGACUGAGAGAAACUUGUCUUGCACGAUCAACUGUAUAAAGUGCGUUAAAUACUCACUGUAAACCAACUUUAAAAUUCUGUCUCAAAAUAACAAGAUCUCAUCUGGCACUGUAAGACUGGAGAGAAUGUAGUUACAAUCCAGAGGAUAAUCACAAAACAACUCCUAAAAUGUACACAACUACUGUCAUUUGACUGAUAUCUGACAGUACUGGAGGGUAAACAUCUCUUGCAACUUGUUUUCAAGUUGUCCUACUGACUAAUACCUGCCCUGCUGCCACACUGAUCAGAGAUCAGUUCCAGUUUGAAGGAGCAAAUUCUCCAGCUGUCAGAUUUCUAGAUGUACAUCUAUCAGUCAAAGAGCUCUGGAGAACUGUCUGGUUAUACCUGAAACUGUACUCUGCUCUGAUAUAUGUAGGCUGAUUUACACACAAACAAUAUGGUAUAUGGUAUUGGUAUAUGCAACUUGCUUGAUACAUAGGACUGACAUCAAUAUCAAAUGGUCUUUUGUGAAAUGUUGAUGUAUUGCUUACUGUAGCAUCACAAUAAUCUGCAACAUGACGGAACGAUUUUAACCCUUGCAGCUGCUGAUUGGGUAGAAGGUAUUUUUGGAGGAUUUCUUGAAGGGCCCCAAGUGGUUGAGAGGGGGGAAGAGUUUAACCACAGUGACACACACUACAGGGGCCAGACACAAGACAGAGUAGGGCUAUGGACCAAGACAUACCCAUUUCUCUAUCCAUUCUGUAGCUUUACAUGUUGGUCUCUUCAGAUUCAGGCUUCAGAAUGAGUGUGACCAAAUGUUUUAUAGAAAAAGAAAAAAAAGAAAAAAAAACAUGCAGACAAAAAAGACUUAAAAUACAUAAAGUGUAAACAAGAAAAAGAAUAUUUAGGAUUACAGCAACUUUAUACAUAUAUUUGCAUGCAUAUCAUGUACCCACUCUGACAAUGUCAAAUGGAAAUCCUAUGGCUCAAAAGGAGGUGUUUCCAGUUUGGUCAUUUUUUUUUAUUUUCACAAAUAAACCUUGAACUGUCAAGUGCUUCUUUUUGUCAAAGACAAGAACACAUUCUUCUGCAGAUAGAUGACAUUCGUUAUUUUAAAGAUUUUGUCACACUAUGGCAGAAAAAAUCAUCACUGUACCUGUACCCUCUUAAACUAUGUGGCUUCUGUAUAGCGUGAAAUGGAACCUACCUGUGUCCAGUUCUGGACCAAUCAGCCACCAAACAUUAGAAAUGAUCCAAUCUUUAUGUCUGCAUACUAUGGGCAGUGUAGAUGUGGCUUUUUCUUGAGUAAAUACAAAUGUUUGCAUGUUCUAACAAUGUAUGUGCAUGUAGAAACCUUAGUACUUUUAGAUACUAUGUGUUAUUUUGCUGUUGAUUUUUAAUAUUUGAUAUAAACUGUGGGGUUUGUUGAAAAGAUACAUUUCUAUCAAAAACAGUAUUGAACAUUGUUGAUUGUUCCAUCCAUGCAGCAGAGCUGGAACAUUCCUUUAUUUGGGUCUUGGGAUUCAGUGAAAUGUUGGUUUGCCUGAUUUUAUGUUUCUUGGCCAGACUUUGAAUUCUACAGUUGUUUCUACAUUAAACAUUUUGUAUGAAGCAAAGUUCCUUGAAAUAAAAAAGAAUCAAAUAAAUUUGUCUUUGAAUGAUUUGGGUGAUCUUAACAAAGAUAAUGGGAUUGCUUCUUCUGUUCUGGUCUCUCCAUUUCUCUGUUCCCUCAAAGAUCAGCAGUAUCAAGAAGGUCUGCAAUUACUAACAGCACUAAUUCACAUUGCAUGUGUUUGCAUAAGCACCACAUGAAUUGACUCCAUCUUAUCUGGCAAAUCCAAUGAUUGUAGCCAUUGCAGUGGAAACAACCUAUUCUGAACAGAAUUUUCACAUUUAUAGAUGAAGUGUAUGACUAAGCCCUGCUGGACUGCUGAUUUGUCCAGAGUGUACUCUGCCACUAGCCCAAUGUCAGCUGGGACAGGCUCCAGUCCCCCUGCGCCCCUAACGGAUAAUCGGUACAUAAUAGAUAAUGACUGUAUGUAUGACUAAGCCCUCAACUCUGGGAUGUCAGGUAUACCUGGUUUGGCCAGGGGAUGAUUCACUCAUGUAUACCUAGUACCUCUACCGUGCAAUUAAAGAACUAUUUCUUGGAAUCCCACAAAGAAUUGGAUUAAUAUCAGCCAGCUAGUCAUAUGUGAGCUGAUCAUGAUCAUAAUUUCAAGAAAUAUGUUCUAAUAAAUGAGAAAAACUGUAAGAGGCUUUGAUGUUUCCCCUCAGCCAUGGACUGUUUCCAUACAUCCCAAUUGUUCAUGAACAUUAGAACUUAACAAACAUUUUUCUUAAUAAGCUCAAAAUGGACAAAUGCUGUCUCCUGAGAAAGGAGA